AUGUCCCGCGUUCACUACGACAGCGCGGCGCGGCAACUCGCUUGGCUAGGGCAGCACGCGCGGCUCGCGGGCGUGAAGCUCUCCGCGGUCUCUCCGGCCGGCUCUGGCCUCGCCGCCGCCCGCGACCUCGCGGCGGGCGACGUGGCGCUCUCCGUCCCUCCGCAAGCGUGGCGGCCCUUCUCUGCGGCGGCGGCGCGGGAGGCGGCCGGCAACGCCGUCGCCACUCGCACGGACGCGUUUGCCGCCUCGCUCGGCGCCGGCGCCGCCCUCGCCGACGCCGCGCUGCUUGCCCUCGCCCUCGCCGCGCAGAGGCGGAGCGAGUCCUCGCCGUACGUGUCCGCGCUGCCGGUGGGUAGCUGCGCGUACCGUUGGGCGCAGGCGGUGCUUCUGAGCCGCGCCCACUCUGGCGACGGCAAGCCCCUCGCCCUCGUGCCUGGGAUCGACCUCGUCAACCACGCGGGGGCCGCUAGAUGCGGCGGGCGGUGCGGCGGGCGCGGCGGCGAGCCGCUGCUGAUCGACUACGGCUUGCGCGCGUCGCACAAGCUGCUGCGGCUCUACGGCUUCCUCGCGCCGCGCGACGAGGAGCCGACGGUCACCGGCGGCGAAGCAGGCGGGGGUGGCAGCGGCGUCGGUGGCGAGGGCGGAGGAGGAGGCGGCGGCGGAGGCGGGGGAGUUGGCGGCGUGUCGGGCGCUCCGCCGCCAGAGGCGGACGAGGUGGUCGUGCCGCUGCUGCCGAGCGUGGCGGAGAUGGGAGGCGACGCGGACGAGUCGGCGAGGCAGAUCGAGGAGGCACGCGCCGCCCUCGCCGCUUGCGGCUUGCGCGGCAGCUCGGUGCGGUUGGGCGUGAGCCCCGACGGGUCCGUCCUCCUGCCGGCACUCGCGUCGACAGCGCCCUCUGCCGCGGCGGCGGCGGCGCGACACGUGUUCCGCACCGCGCUGGAGGCGCAGCGGGAGCGGCAGAGGGAGGGCUCCGCCGCUUGUUUGGCCGUCGAGGGCAUGGCGGAGAUGGACGAGGCCGGCAACGCGGCGGCGCGUGGCCGCGCGAGGCUGUGCCUGCGAUUGCACGAGCGGGAGGGGGCGGCCGUCGAGGAGGCGAUCGCCGAGCUCGAACGCACAGCGAGCUGA